AUGCACUUGAAUAUUCAAGGCUCUAGAAAACCCAGUUAGAUUAGUAGCCCAACCUCAAUCAAGAAGCCAACGAUAUCUUAACUUCUCAUAAACUUUAGAUCACCUAUUACUGUUCCUAAUAGUUCAUAGGUUUCACCUCAGAAUUCUGAACAAAAUCUUCAAAAAGCAUUGCAUUCUCAUAAGGGAUCUUAGAUUGAUGUUACAAAUUUAACAAAAUUGAUUAGACAUAGCAAAUCGCCAAAUUUAGAAAUAAAUGAUAUACAAAACAAUGAAAAUUAAAGCUAAUAAUAAUUAUAAGCAUUAUUGGCAAAAGCAAGAGAAAUUACUUAGAAUAAAUCAAAACCACCAAUAAUUAAGCAAUAAGUUCAAUCAAUUUAAACACAAUCGAUUAAUCAAUUAAAAGAACUAUUCAAUGAUAAUUUGUAUUGCAGAAAUACAUUUCACUUUCAAUUUGUAGUUGGGAUUGGUGGAUUUGGUAAAGUAUGGAAGGUAGAGCAUAAGAAAACAGGACAGAUAUAUGCCAUGAAGGAAAUGUCAAAAGCAUUGUAAAAAUAGUAUUUUUACACUAGAAUUAUAACAAAAAAAAGUGUUAAUUCAGUAAUGAAUGAGAGAAUACUUUUGAGUGAACUGAAACAUCCUUUUCUAGUUAACAUGAAUUAUGCUUAUUAAGACAAAGAAACACUGUAUUUAAUUAUGGAUUAUAUGUCUGGAGGUGAUUUGAGGUAUCACAUAGGAAGAAUGAGAAGAUUCAACGAAGAGUAGACUAGUAACAUCAAAACUAUUAUAUUGAGGGUUUUUUGUGGCUUGCAUAUUCUUAAGUCUUGAAUACGUUCACGAAAAUAACAUUAUUCACAGAGAUAUCAAACCAGAAAAUUUAGUUUUAGAUAGUAAAGGAUAUGUGCAUUUGACUGAUUUUGGGAUAGCCAGAGUUAUGAAACCAGAAAAUUCAAGUGAUACAAGUGGAACACCAGGAUACAUGGGUAAAUACUUAUACAAGUUGUAGCUCCUGAAGUAAUGUAUAGAUAAAAUCAUACAUAUGCUGUGGAUUAUUAUGCGUUGGGAGUCAUUGCUUAUGAAUUUAUGUUAGGAAGAGUAUAUAUUAUUAUUAACCCUUAGAGACCAUAUGUUGGAAGGUCAAGAUAGGAGAUUAGAGACUAGAUUAUGGCAAAAUAGGUUUAAAUUAGGAAAUCAGAUAUACCAGAAAAUUGGUCCAUAGAGGCUGCUGACUUUAUUAAUAGAGUAAUAGUUAUAUCAAAUCGAUUAGCUUCUAUAAAGGAAACCUCAAUAGAGAUUAGGUUUUAAUGGUAGUUAGGAAAUCAAAUAGCAUCCUUGGUUCUAGAAAUUUCCUUGGCAGAAAUUAUAAAAUUUUGAGUUGAAUCCUCCCUUCCAACCAAAUGUAUUGAUGUAUUAAUCAAAUAGAAAACUGAAGAUAAUUUUGAUUAAAAAUAAAUAAUUUUGGAAGAUUAGGAGAACAAUGAAUUGAUCCAAUAGAAUCUUCUGGUUUUAAAAGACCCUUCUUCUUCAGGUAUUAAGAGUUAAAUCAUUAAGACUUAUUUUAGGGUUAUGAGUUUAAUGCCAAUCAGAGUGUAAAUAAAGUUUCAUCAACCACUGAUCAAUCUUCGAGUUCGUCUUCUAAACAUAGUAGAAAUUUCAGUUCGAACAUAGAAAAACCACGAUUUUUUGAACAAGCUCAUAAAUGA